AUGAACAGAGAUCUGGAUCAGGAUCAGGAUGACAGACAGAAGACAGGAUACUUGACGAUCUCAGGAGAGUGUUCAGGAUAUCUGUCAGUUCGGAUUUCCCCACCCCGCCCUUUGAUUAUAAUUUUUUUGAAGAUUCUUCGUUGUCAAGCCGCCAAAGUGGAGAGUGUGAUUGCAGAAGGGGGUGCUUCUCGUUUCAGUGCUUCUUCGGGCGGAGGAGGUGGUAGGGGUGCACCUCAGCACUAUCCCAAGACUGUCGGCAACAGCGAGUACCUGGGGAAAACCCCAGGGCUUAGCGUUCAGAGAUGGGUUCCUUCACGAAGCACUAGACGAGAUGUCAAUUCCUCCAAUGUCAACUCCUCCAAUGAAAAAGAACAUCACGAUGGAAUAUUUAGGAAAGUGAGAGGCAUACUUAAUAAGCUGACCCCUGAAAAGUUUGACAAGCUAUGCCUUGAGCUUCUCAAUGUGGGCGUAGACUCUAAACUUGUCCUCAAAGGAAUCAUCUUGCUGAUCGUAGACAAAGCCCUAGAAGAGCCCAAAUACAGCUCACUCUAUGCUCAGCUAUGUCUGCGUUUGGCAGAGGAUGCACCAAACUUUGAUGGCCCAACACCUGAAAUCCAGUCAUCGCAAAAGCAGAGCACAACUUUCAGAAGACUUCUAAUUUCCAAGCUUCAAGAUGAAUUUGAGAACCGUGCCAAAAAUGUUGACAUCUAUGACAAACAAGACAACCCUCUCACCUCUGAGGAGGAGGAGCAGCGUGCCAUUGCCAAGAUCAAGAUGCUUGGCAAUAUCAAAUUCAUCGGAGAACUCGGAAAACUUGACCUCAUCCAUGAAUCUAUCCUUCAUAAGUGCAUCAAAACACUUUUGGAGAAAAAGAAGAGGGUCCAGCUCAAGGACAUGGGAGAGGAUCUGGAGUGUCUCUGUCAGAUAAUGAGGACUGUGGGGCCCAGACUCGACCAUGAAAAAGCCAAGUCUUUAAUGGAUCAGUACUUUGGCCGUAUGCGAUCCUUAAUGAACAACAAGGAUUUGCCUGCAAGGAUUCGUUUCCUACUGCAGGACACUGUGGAGCUAAGAGAGAACAAUUGGGUUCCUCGCAAAGCUUUCAUCGACAAUGGACCAAAGACGAUUAACCAGAUUCGUCAAGAAGCAGUGAAGGAUUUGGGUGUUUUUAUUCCACCCAUGAACCAGGGUAUGAGAAUGGACUUCUUCCUAGAAGGCCCCUUCAUGCCGAACAGGAUGAAACUGGAUAGAGAAACUCUCGGGGGAUUGGCCGAUAUGUUUGGUCAGAUUCCAGGUAUUGGCAUAGGAACUGGUCCAGGUGUGAUCCAGGACAGAUUUUCCCCCACCCUAGGACGUCAUCGUACAAAUCCUCUUUUCAAUGGCCACAGUGGACAUAUGACCUCCCAACCACAGUCACAGUUUGACAUGGGUAUGAAGCCUUUCAUCAAGUCUAACCAGGGACAGAAUCAGCAUUUUCACAAUCAAAACCAGAACCAUUCGAACCAGCAGCAAGCUCAAUCUAAAGACAUGCCUCCACGCUUCAAGAAGGGGCAGCUCAAUGCAGAUGAGAUCAGCCUUAGACCUGCUCAAUCCUUCCUUUUGAAUAAAAACCAAGUGCCAAAACUGCAACCCCAGAUUCCCACCAUGAUUCCUCCCAGUGCUCAGCCUCCACGGACACAGACUCCACCACUUGGACAGCCUCCUCAACUUGGUCUGAAAUCCAACCCGCCUCUGAUCCAGGAGAAACCUCAGAAGACUACUAAGAAACCAGCACCUACUAAGGAAGAACUGCUGAAAAUGACUGAGAACAUUGUAACUGAGUAUCUGAACAGCAAGAACAUGGAGGAUGCUGUCAUUGGUGUGAGAGAGAUGAAAGCUCCCAAACAUUUUCUGCCAGAGAUGUUGAGUAAGAUCAUCCUCUGUUCUCUGGAAAGAACUGAUGAAGACAGAGAACAAGCUAGCACUCUUAUCAAUACACUGCGUACUGAGGGCUUCAUCACUGGGGAAAACUUCAUGUGUGCUCUGCUGAAUGUCUUGGAUCAGUGCCCUAAGAUUGAGGUAGACAUUCCUCUGGUAAAGUCAUACCUAGCCCAGUUUGCAGCACGAGCCGUCAUCGCUGAGCUGGUCAGUGUGGCAGAACUGGCUCAUCCACUGGAGAAUGGCAACCACUUUCCUCUUUUCCUGCUCUGCCUGCAGCAAGCUUCCAAGCUCAAGGACCGCGAAUGGCUCACAGAUCUCUUCCAGCAGAGCAAGGUCAACAUGCAGAAGAUGCUUCCUGAAAUCGACCAGAAUAAGGAUCGUAUGCUGGAGGUUCUUGAGGGGAAAGGUCUGAGUUUCCUCUUCCCCUUGCUAAAACUGGAGAAGGAACUGCUGAAACAAAUCAAGGCAGACCCCUCCCCUCAGACCAUCUACAAGUGGAUCAAAGACAAUAUUUCUCUCAAACUCCACACAGACAAGGGCUUCGUCAACAUACUUAUGACCAGUUUCCUGCAGUACUUCUUUGCUGAGCUUGGUGUGACCGAGGGUGACGAGCAACUUUCGUCACCUUCUAAAGAGCAGCUGGACCUGGAGAAGCAACUGUUACUCGCCUUCAAGCCAGUCAUGCAGAAGUUCCUCCACGAUCACACUGACCUACAGGUCAGUGCCCUGUACGCCCUGCAGGUGCACUGCAAUUCCAACGCUUUCCCAAAAGGUAUGUUGCUUCGCUACUUUGUCCACUUUUAUGACCUGGAGAUCAUCGAGGAGGAAGCUUUCAUUGCAUGGAAAGAAGACGUUUCCCAAGAAUUUCCUGGAAAAGGAAAAGCCUUAUUCCAGGUGAACCAGUGGCUGACUUGGCUUGAGACGGCUGAGGAAGAGGAGUCAGAGGAGGAAGCCGACUGAGGAGGGACUAAUCCUCAUAGUACAUAUUAAUUUCCUGCUACAUGACUCUUCUCUUUGGUUCCAACACUCUUUGCAGUAGCUCACACUCAGACAGCUUUAUUACACUGCUGCUAGGCUCAUGAAUUAAACGAAAGGCAUAGUAAGACCAAUAUCAUAAUGUCUCUGUUUGCUUGUAUCCUAACCAAUAUCUGGCUUGUUAU